AAGUCAGCAGAAUAGUAAGAUAUCAAUGCCGGCCUAGCACAGGUUCGGCAGGUCAAAUAUUGUACACGUCAUAACUUUCAUUAUGCCACUUGUUAUUUAAACUUUUCGUAAAAACAGAUUUUAAUUCGUAAUAUAAUAUUGAAUAUGGAGACACUUUAUCAUCAGACGAAUAAAAUAGUACAGGAAACCCAGUACUUGUUUAGUCAGUUGGAAAAACAACAGCCUAACCUCGACGUUGAGGCGGUUGAACAUGAAAUCCAAACGAAAAUUCAACAGAUUAAUAGUAACUGUGAUAGAUUGGACAUAUUUUGUUCUAAAGGGCCAAUAUCCCAAAGGCAAAAUACAAAGAUGCGAGUAGAUCAGUUGAAAUAUGACAGCCGACACCUUAUGGCAGCACUGGAUUUUUGGAAAAACAUGAUCCAACGUAAGGAAAGAGAAAAAGCUGAGAGAGAAGAAUUGUUGUCGCGCAAAUUCACAACUAAUGACCAUGUAGAUAUUAUGAUUGACCACAGUGUGCAACACAACAGUAGAAUGCGGAGUGCAAUUGGAGGUGUAGAUGACAUGAUUCAACAUGGUAGUGGUAUACUUGAAAGUUUGCGAUCACAAAGGUAUACAUUGAAAGGAGCACAUAAGCGUUUGAUUGACAUAGGUAAUACAUUAGGAUUGUCUAAUACAACAAUGAGACUGAUUGAGAAUCGGGCUCGUUCGGAUGGAUUUAUUCUAGUUGGUGGUAUGCUUUUUACAUGUUUAAUUAUCACAUUAGUAAUUAUUUAUCUUGCAUAGACAUUCCUUGUAAAAUGAAAUUGUAUAUACUGAGUGUAAAAAGUGAAAGAACGUUGAAUGAAAAAGAGAAAUUAGGAAUCAAAAGUAAUGUAUAUUUGUUUUGAAUUGGAAAUGUUUAGAUUAGCAUUGAAUGAUUUAUAAACUUUCUUAAGCUUAUAAAUUUGUACAAAUAGGAACUAUGUUGUUUGUAAAUAUAUAUAUGGCACUAAAAGUUA